UUAACAUUUUAUCGAUAGGAUACUAAUGGAUUAUACGACGUGAAAUUUCAUCUACACGAUUGAUAAAUAGUAUAAUUCAUUAACUGAUUGGAUACUUGUGCCGUUGAAACGGAAUACAAAAAGCGAAAACGGAUUCAUAAUCUCGUGUAUAUUCAAUCCCGACCAAGAUUGAAACCAUAACAAGAUUAUUUUAUCAGACAUAGUUUAACGGAGUAUGUAUUUUCGAAGUUUAUUUUAAUUCCAAGAAAUAAUGACGGACACGGAUUCCAACUAUGUGCAUGAUUAACCGAAUGGUCCUUGUUAUUUUCAUGACGUCAGUGAAUGCGGAAUACUACGUUGGACUGCCACCAAUAAUAACGCCAGCGCCCGAGUUUAACCCGACGCCCUUCAAUGUGACCUUUCGCUCGGGAGAUAUUGCUGUUCUCCGAUGCAGUAUCAACGAUCUGGGAACGAAAACGGUAGUAUGGCGGAAAGUAGGAACCUCAUUCCCGCUCACUUCCGGUACGUUGACAGUGGUAGCCGACAAGCGGUUCCAAGUUGGUCACAUAGACUUCAAGAGUCACUGGGACCUGAUGAUCAAGAACGUGAAAUUGGAGGAUGAUGGUGUCUAUGAGUGUCAGAUCUCAUCUAAAGAUCGGACAGUUAGGAGGCUUAUCACACUGAACGUUGUUGACCCUGUGGUAGAGGCUCCAGAGAUUCGAAUCACGGAGACACAGUACGUCGAGAGAGGAGACCGGGUUGUGCUAGAAUGUAACGCCACCGGCGAACACUACGCUCCAGAUGAUAUGGACUGGUUCAGAAACGGUCAAAAGCUCACAUCUCUCUCAGAGAAAGGCUUGAAAAUCACCAAGCAUUAUUCACUUCCUCAGAGGACUUUUACCAGCGUUCUUGUAAUUGCGCGUGCGCGAAAAGAGGAUGACGGGACAUACGUCUGUAGGUCUUCGAAUACACAGAUUACGAGCACUAAAGUAAUCGUUCUAAAUGCGGAAACAUCUCAUAUGAAACGAGGAACAGCAGCCGACAAUAAUUCGGCUUGGUACCAAUCCGAUCCAAACUGCACACCAUGUCGUCUAUCAUUUACCUGUCUCAUAUUGCUAGUUCAAUUGAUGUUGCGUGUAGCCAUGUCGAUAUGACAAGGUUCAUUUACGAUAAUAAUUAAAAUAACUAGUGUAUUACCCUAUGUUAAUGUAACAAAAAGCGAGCAAAUGUUUCCUUUUUUGUGAAGGACACAUUCAUUUAUUAUAUAAAAGGACAAGAGUGUAAAUGGAGUUCGUGCUAACAAAAAUACACAUUAUACAAAUAAUGCUACUAAAACAAGAACAAUAACACAACUUUGCUACCGACUACAAAGAAUAUUUUUUUUGCAUUUUAUGUUAAUUGCAUAUAAAUUUUGCAUUUUUUAAUUUCUUUCUUUUUUAUUUGUAUUAAGCACAUGAACAUCCAUUGUUAUUGUGCAAAAGAACAAUGAUUCCAACAUCUGAAAGACAACUAUGUGAGACACGAAUACAUUUGUGAAUGCGCGCUAAUAUAACACAAUAUGUUUACGAAGAAAUGCAGCUGUGACGAGUGAAUAUCACAAUACUUAGUGGAAUCGACGUAAUCUUACACAAAAAUGUAUAUGAAGUACUAUUUUUAUCAUUUGUUUUAAUUUAAAAAAAGUUCAUUCACAUACACGAUAUAUUUAUGAGAUUCCAUUUUAUCAUUUCUUUUGAAUUUGAAAGAAAAGAAAGAUUCCAUUAUAAAUCAAGAAAACAGACAACCAGACCACACCAUUGGGAUUAGAAAGUUCGUACAGAAUAUGACACGAUCUUAACGUACUGUGGUACAUGGAUCCAUUAUCUAUAUAUAGCAAUAUUCCGUGAAUUGCCUUUUUUCGACGGUGAAACGGUGUUCCGCUUUCCGUCUAUCUGAAAUUCAUAAAGUUCUAGACUAAUUUAGAUCAGCUGGCAUACGAUUUUAUAAUGUAAUAAAUAAAUUGCAUCAAUAUAAGCAUGCAGCAUUGCAUUUCUAACCUAACCAGAAGCAUGUGUAUUACGGUUUUAUUGGUGAUAAUAAUACAGGCCAUUCAGAAUAUAUAUGAUCAUCAAAUACUGCUGUGAAAUUAAAUUCCUGGAAACAAA